AUGGUGAUUGUUACAAUUUUGAUGGCGGGUUUAGCUGUGUUUGCCAAAUAUACACAGGACCACGCUGUGAUACAGAAAUCAAUGAGUGUCUGCUUGAUCCGUGCAAAAACAAUGGCUCUUGUGUUAAUAUCCCAGGCUCAUCUAUGUAAAACAAACGCUACCAAGUUAAUCUUCAUGGUAGACAGUUCCUAUAGUUCUUCGGGAGAACCGUUCAGAAAACAGUUGCAGUACAUUACGGACGUUGUUUCACGAAUCACCAUUUCUGCAAGUAAAUUUUCAGUAGCGGUUAUCUCAUAUGGAACAGAGGCGAGGGCAGACAUUAAUUUCAACUCUUACGAAAACAAAACGGAACUUCUUAGUUUCAUUCAAAACAUCACUUUUGUCAACGGAACAACUAACAUACCAUCGGCCUGUAUCGAGGUCAAAAGGAUACUACAAUUAACACCCAAUGAUUUUCAGUUUGUAUUUCUCUUCACCGAUGGCAUGCCUACAAGUCUGAGUGCUGCAGUAGGUUCCAUUGUCGAUUUGAGAGGUUUCUUGAAAUUAUCAAAUGAGUGGAAUGACGUUUUCUUGGUGGCGUUUGGUGAUGACGUCAGACAUGAGGGAUUUAGGCAGUUAUCCGGGGAUCACCGAUUCGGUGAUGUGUAUCCCAGCAUUAAUAUGGAACCGCUGCAUCAAGUCUUCAAGAAAACCGUAAACAUACGAUGUUCAGCGUGUAAGGUAAGACGGGAUAGUGAUAUAGUGUUUGCUCUCGACACAUCAACCAUACAAUCGCAGACUACUUACAAAGCCAGUCUGGGUAUCUUCGUACAACUUAUGCAAUCCAUGGAUGAAUUCGUUUUCUUAGGAUCUGAGUACGUUCAAAUAGGCACCGUUCACUUCUCCGAUACCGCAUUGUCCUUUUUACCGUUGAAUUUUACGACCGAUUUAGAUACAUUUGCAAGUACUUUUCAAGCCGCAAAGCAAGACAACCGUAACAGUUCGUCAAGUCUUGCAAAUGCUCUUCAAUUCAUCUGGCAAGAAAUGUUCUCGGACAGACAGGGGGCUAGAUACAGUGCUUUGAAGUACGUUGUUUUCGUCAAUAAUGGAUUCGAUAUUAAUAUGACAGAGACUUAUAAUUUAGUAGAAGAAAUGACAAAGGAUGGAAUUGCCUUAAUCUCCAUAGGCGUAGGGAAGAAUUAUAAGGACGGACAGGUUUUAAAUACGGCUUCUAGUCCUUUCCAUGCUUAUUUUUCGGAACAGGAUCGAUCAACGAAUCAGUGGACUUUGCAGGAUACCGAGUUCGAAUUCAUCAAAAGACUAAUUAAUAGAAGGCUGGAAUGCACAAACAGAGUGAAUGCUUAAAAUACUUUUCUAAAAUUCUUAUUGCCAGUAUUUUGUUGCUUGGCAGAAUGUCUGUUGAGACAUCCACCUUAAAGCCAGUGACGCGGAGAUUGAUUUGAA